GCGGGCCCGAAAAGUUUUUGGGGCUUUCGAGAAACAGGCCCCAGCACAAUAAAUUGACGUAAAAGAACUGAAAAUUCUAGCUAACUAAAAAUUCAACGUUGGCUGUUUAUUAUUUUUUCGCUCAGGUUGAAAUAGUCCAAAAAAGGCAAUUUUAAUUAAAUGUGUUUUGACAUUAAUUCAAAUUCAAUUUCUUUCAUUUUGGUUUUGUAAAGCCGAUGCACCAGGAUAACCAAUGUCACUUGUCAAAAACGUUUCUUUCAUUCUAGACUUAAUCUGACAAGUGUUUCUUUUGCCUCACUCAAGCCGCCAAAACCGAAAUAAAAUUACAUUUGUCAGUAAAAUCAAUUAGUAACUUGGUACAAUUUAACAUCUCCCAGCAUCACGUAAAAGACGCCGAAGGGAAUAUAAGUGAUUUAUUUGUGGCUGUGAUACGUUUAGCCAAACAAUGUUCUUACAAAGAUGACGGCUGUCACGUAAGUUUAUUCUAACAGGGGAAAAAAAAAAUAGCGUAAUUCUAAUUCUGCCCCGGUUGAAUGAAAACCAGAAAGCGAAGAUGCAGACCGGCCGCGCGUGUGUUAUUGUGAUAAUAUUGUGACUGCACCUGCAAACAGUUGGUUUAAAGUACAUUUGGAAGAUCUAUUAAUUUUAACAGAAGACACUAAUAAGAUGAUUGUACAGAGCCACAAAAUGUGCUAAUGGAAGCUUUAACAAAUACGUCAAAUCGAAAAAUGAUAAUAGCAAAAAUAAUAAAGAAAAAAUUCUAACCAACAAGAAGGCUUUCCAAAACCGUGAUUGGGUAAUUGUACAAAAAGAAGAAAAUAUUCGACGUUCUAAGCUCGCAUGAAAUAAGUUACAAGAAAGAUAAAUUGCUAUUUUUAUUUUUGAUUCACCGCUGAUUAUUAAAAUGGGCAAGAAACGCGCAAUAUUUCAAUCUACAUUAAGACCUGUUUAUCGCGUUUUGAAUAUACCGAAAAUAUGUGUAUUUAAAUUAAAAGAUUAAAAAGGUGGAAGAUUUAGAAAUUUGACAACUUAGCAGUAAGCAAAAGAGACGUGUCUAAUAGCCCUUCACUCAAGGUUUUUAGUUUAUUAGCUAAUCAACCCUGGGAUCGAAAUAAAAUAUAUUUUACAGGAAGUUCAAGCCAAUUUGAGGCGAUUUUUAUUGGUUUCUUUACGUCUCACGUGAUCACUCGACAAAAUACGGAUCUUACAACUUCUUUUGUGGCUGUGUUUUACAAAGGGGGACAAUUAGCACUAAAAAUGCCAAGUGCAAAGGAUAUCGUGCAACAAUGGCUGGCAUCUUUUACAUUCAUGAAUAUGGGAAUAUUGUUAACAGUUACUGAAACUCAUACAGCACUGUGACUUUGAAUUCACACCACUACGACCGAAGCAGGUUUCAUCAUGCGUCGGUUUCACAGCACUGGAGUUUCCUCGCUUCCUCUUGGUGUUUUUUAGCCACAAGUCGGCGGGAAUUUUUCAGUUUGAUAAUGGCAACAUACGGUGAGGUCGAGGACAGUGGCAAUCGCCUUGUUAUCAACGUGAGUGGAGCUAUCUUUGAAGUAAGCGAGAGUAAGUUGGAUCAUUUUCCGCAGUCUUUACUCGGUUGCCCUCAAAAGAGACGAAAAUACUUUGAUUCGCAUCGAGAGGAGUAUUUUUUCGACCGCCACCGGCAAGCUUUCGAGGGGAUAUUGUUUUACUAUCAGAACGAAGGGAGAUUAAUUUAUCCGGACAAUGUGCCCGCCGAAGUGUUUGAUGAAGAAGUUAAGUUCUUUAUGCUCCCCGUUGAGCCAGACAGCUGUGAAAAGUUAGAAAAGGCAUUACUGGGAGAUCGUAACCGCUCUCGCCCGCUAAACGUUUGGCAAAGAGUGCUGUGGGAGUUGUUUGAAUUUCCAAAUUCAUCCUUGGCUGCCAAAAUGUUAGCAGUUCUCUCGCAGGUGUUUAUUUUGGUAUCCUUGGCAGGUUCUUGCUUAAGAACUGUUGAAUCGCUUCAAACCAAGCAUGUAAGGGAGGCGAAAAACUACCAACAACAUAACACGUCCGCAGUUUACUCCGAAACAAAAUCAGCUGGGUCGUCAAGACUACACGAAGAUGAAUGGUUUUCAUUCGACCUUGUUUGCUAUAGCUGGUUUACUUUAGAAUGCGCUGUGCGAUUGCUCGCCUCUCCAAAUAAAGGCGAAUAUUUUAAAUUGCUCCCAAACUGCGCUGAUUUUGGGACGAUCCUAGUUUUUUAUUUAAAGCUUAUCGUGAAAAUGAGCUGGCCUUCAGCGAGGACACUCGUGCGCUUAUUGGAGACGUUGACGGUCAUUCGCAUUUUAAAACUCUUGCGUUAUUGGGAAGGAAUGAAAAUUCUCGUGUUCACUGUUGUAUCAGGCAUUCGCGAUCUGGGCCUUUUGGUAACGUUCGCCACAACUGUGGUUAUUUUGGGAUCUAGCGCUGUGUUCUUUGUGGAACUUAACGAGGACGAAGAUAGCGACUUUGAGAGUAUUCCUGACGCGUUUUGGUGGGCAAUCAUUACAAUAUGUACUGUUGGUUAUGGCGAUAAGGUUCCCGCCACGACAAUGGGAAAGUUUUUGGGCGCUAUUUGCGCUGUACUCGGCACAGUUACUGUGGCGCUUCCAUUGUUUCGUUUCGCGGCUCAUUUUCGCACAAAAAUCGAAAACUCCACUUAUAUUCAAUCUUCUCGCGAUCGAAAUCCCAGAAGGUCGACAAGAAAAAGUCGGUAAAAUCAUCCUUCAAUUCAACAGCGCGUUGAGGUUUGAGAGCUUUAAUAAAGCCACAAAAUCGACGUAAUUCGAAAGAGUCGAACACCUGAAGCAAGAGUAAUUAGUAAAGGGUACAUUAUGGCAAGAAGAAAAAAAAGUUAUUAAUUACACAAGAAAUUUGAGUUGUGAACAAAUUGACAGGUCACCUUGUACAUGUAUUCAUGAAUUACUAUCGAGUUAGUCAUUUUUCGGGAAGAAAGUGACAGAUUGAAUAAAUUAUAUCGAAAUUAUGAGUAUUUUUUUUUAUAACAUUCUCAAAUUUCUUGUUUUUCCUGAGAUAAAAUUAAGACGAGAAAAAUUAAAGGAGGAGAGAAAACAACCAAGCAAAAUGAAAUUAUCUCAUUGCCAUACAAGGAAAAAAUUAAAAGUACCCUAAAAAGUUUUGGAUUGUGGCUUUUAUUUAUGAAAGUUUGAGUAGAUGAAACCGCAUGUUAAAGAAAACAACAUUGUAUGCGAAUAUUGCAGCUACCGCCGCAAGCAUUUAUUCAAAAUUUAAAUUUGUUUUUGUGAAAAAUAAUUUAUUCAAGAUAAAAUAAUACGAAUCCAAGCUGCUUCUUUGUUUUCAAUUCAUAGCGCAAUAAUAUGAAAAAUGUUAUUGUGAAUCCAUUGUGUAAGCCUGCCUUAAUGAAUCACGUUUUCUCUUAUUUUUUCGCAAAGCUUUUGAGGUUGGACUUCACGCGAUUAAAAACGGCUUUUUCGGCAAUUCCAGGCCGGAAAUUCUUUGUUGUGGGAAACAACGAAUCUUCCUCGAAACUCGAAAAUUGCAAUAUUCUUAAUAUCCAAGCCACGAUCUAAAGAAAUUAUUUUCAUUUUUAUUAAAGGACCUUGAGACUUAGACUGAGAAAUUCAGACACUCAUUUUAGGCUUUGGGAAAUGAGUUUCUGUAACUGGUGCAAAUUGAUAUUGUUUUGUUUUUCGUGUCAAACGAAACACAAAAUAUUCAAUUUACAGAAAGCUGUUUGACAGUUGUUAGACAAAACAAAUGGCGGUUGUUUUCCAGUCGUUAAGGUUUACUUCUAGACCAGUUGCGACUGUAAUUAUUAAAUUCAAUUUGAUCUCCAAUAUUUGCGGUAGAACAUAUUUAUGAAUUGUAAAACUUAAGACUUACCAGUUAAAGGAGUUUACCAGGAUCAAAUUGUGAAUCAUGAUUCGAUCAAAGAUCGUGCAUUGGCGUUCUGGUGAA